ACGUUCCGGCCCCCCAGCAGCAACGCAUUGUUGGAGAAGACUCGAAGGAAGACGAAGACCCCACCCCAAUAACCCAUCUCCGAUCAGCACGUUCGUUGAGAGAAAGGGAAUUAUGGGGAACAGCCUGCGGUGUUGCUUGGCCUGCGUUCUUCCCUGCGGGGCUCUCGACUUGAUCCGGAUCGUCCACCUGAACGGCUACGUCGAGGAAAUAACGCGCCACAUCACGGCCGGGGAAGUCCUCAAGGCACACCCGAACCACGUCCUGAGCAAGCCGUGCGCGCAAGGCGUGGUUCGCCGCAUCCUCAUACUCUCUCCCGAGUCCGAGCUCAAGCGGGGCUCCAUCUACUUCCUCAUCCCCGCUUCCUCUCUUCCCCAAAAUAAGAAGCGGGUGCCCUCCAAGGCCAAAGCUCACAGCAAGAAAUCGCACCCUCAGGGCGGAGACGUCCCCGACUGCGAUCGCCACCUUGCCAUCUCUAAGAAGAAAUCCUCCUCCCGUAGAGAUCGCCGGCACAGCCGCACCGACAGUACUUGGAGGCCCCACCUCGAGAGCAUCUACGAGGACUCGUAACGUAUUACACCUGUUAUUUUCCGGUGAGAGGAGUUUUUAUUGGUUUUUGCGGAUGCAAAGAUUUUUCUGUCUUGUUGGUUCCGUCUGCGUGUAGUAAUGGCAGAUCGGGAGACGUUGGCUCCACGACGAGUUGAAGCAUCACACAACGACACAAGUCCAAUGACAGAGAUUCAACUUUUUUGUACCGUUGCAACAACUUGUAUAUACAUCCCAAAGUUGUAAGUACAGGUUUUUUUUACUGUCUUGUCUUCUUCAUGGCCGAUGGAGGAAAAAAAAACAAAGAAUGGAUUUGGGCAGUCUGUUUUAUUUCUUUCCGAAAUACAAAGGAUCAUCUCUCUGAGUGACCCUUUUGGUUUCUCUGUAUUUGUCAACGCGAAAUGUUACUGGAUGGGGAUGUCUCUCAAGAACGAGCAUGUGUGUUCAGCUCU